AUGGCCCCACUACCUCGUCAACGAACCACUAUCGAAAGACCGUUUUCUCAAUGUGGAGUGGAUUUCUGCGGCCCAAUAAUGAUUAGCAGUGGUAUUCGUCGUGUGAAGAGUGAAAAGGCGUAUAUUUCUGUGUUUGUGUGCUUGGUCACAUGCGCAAUUCACUUGGAGCUAGUUUCAUCUUUGACUACUGAUGCAUUUUUAGCUACGCUAACCAGAUUCAUGUCUCGCCGAGGACAGUGCAAAAACCUGUUCAGUGAUAACGGCACAAAUUUUAUUGGUGCGAAUCGCAAACUCAUGGCUCAAUUCCAGGAAAUUGCCAAGACUCAUAAAACUUCAUUGUUUCUUACUGAAAGAUCAAUUCAAUGGCAUUUCAUUCCACCCUCAGCACCUCAUUUUGGGGGUCUAUGGGAAGCUGCGGUUAAGUCUUCAAAACAGCUCCUGACUAAGAUUUCAUUAAAUGCAACAUUUACGUUUGAAGAAGCGACCACGUUACUGUGCGGAAUAGAGUGA